CCGGAAUUUUUUUUUUUAUUAUCACUUUACACCGUUUUAUUACCAUCCGGGCAUUUUCCCAUCCGGAAACACUCCACAGUAUGCUCCUGGUCCUUCAUGCAAAUGGACAUUGUGGUUGAAUAAAGCUGUUUCUGCAGCCCACAUAGACGGAACAUGGCGGAGGCGGGCAGCACAGGAGGCGACUGUGGCUCAGCUCCACCUGACGUGACCGACUCGCUCCCCGGUGAGGAAUACGAGUGCAAGAUAUGCUACAACUGCUUCGACCUGAACCGCCACACUCCCAAAGUGCUGGGCUGCUCCCACACCUUCUGCCAGGAGUGUCUAGAGGCUCUGCACUCCCUGGAGGGUCGAGGAUGGAGGAUCGGCUGCCCCGUGUGUCGCCACCGGACUCCGGUGCCGGAGUACCGCGUUCACAACCUCCCGGACAACCGCGCGUUGACUGAGUCGCUCCCGCUGAAAAAGCAGGAGCCUGCGGACCUGUCACACACAGAUGUCCCGGGCAUGUCUCCAUCCCCGUCCCAGGAGAGCAACUGUGAGACUUGCAAACUAGUUGCGUUCGCGAGCGGCUGCGUGUGCGCCAUCUUCUCCUUCCUGUCCAUGGUGGUGCUUUUGUUCCUGGGCCUCAUCUUUGUGCAUAACUUCAAUCACGCUCCGUGGCCCGUCGGUCCCAUCUGUCUGUUUGUCGCCAGUGUCCUCGCCCUGUUCUCGCUCAUUCUCACCUGGUUAAUGUGCAUGUUGAAGUACCGACCUGAAACUGAGGCGAGCAACUUGAGUUCCUUCACCUCUAAUAUAAUGUGACACUCUGGCACAAAUUCAGCCUGGUCAGUAUCAUAAAAGGGAAAUCUGUUUAUUUUAAUGUGCUCGGACAUCCUUAUAAAUGUCAGUGUUUGUUACUAUAAAUGACGUCACAUUCCACUGGACAGCCAUCUCUAUUUACCUGAAGGAGUAUUUCACACUUGUUAUUUUGUUUACAAACGUAGGAAAACAUAAUAAAAUUUCCAAAUAAGAAUUUAUCGAUAUCUUUCUCGUCGAGCCCGGUCUCAGGUCCAAAGUCGUCGAAAACCGGCGCUUGGACAGUGACUUGUGGCUUCAGAAGCCA